AUGUAUCCGAUGGAAGGCAAUGGCCGGCCGUUGCACUUGCAAGCCGGCAGCUAUACUGCCCACGCACGCUCAAGCUCCAGGACGUCCUGGGACGGGGUCCGCGUGCCUCAACCUUCCAGCCGCACACCCUCUCAGUCACCACCACAAUCUCCGGUUCGGCGCAGCAACCGACCACGGCCAGCCUCCGCCAUCAGCCUCCCGGACCACGCCCUCGGCAGGCCAACGGCACUCGCCAACCGAUGGAGCUACGACCGGGAGCGGAUGCCGUCGCCGCCGCCCCCAGCCCGCGGCUCACGGCCAGGGACGCCGCUGGACGACUGGGAAGCCCUAGAAGCGGCCUUCUCGCGGCCGGCCAGCACGCUCAUCGAAUCACGCUCCUCCACCCGGCCGCCAUCUAUCCUCAGCGCAUCGGCCGAGCUAGGCGGCCACUCCCACAGCGCCAGCACGCCGACGCUCCGGGUCCACCCCCCACCGCCCGGCGACAACCCACAGCCGCACCCACAGCAAUACCCACAGGAGCAGCAGCACCACCACCCCAGGCCGCGACAGCCGUACCACCUGCUCACGCCGCAGGAGAUGGAGCUGCUCGCCCACCCACCACCACUCCAACCCCCCAUGACCGCCUCACCACACUCACCAGAGUCCCCCCUACCUUCACCAUCACCAACCCCCAAACACACCAACCGACAACCCCAACCCCAACCAUACACCACUGCCAAAAACGACAACAAUAAUAAUAACGAUACCACCAGGAACGGCACAAACGAAAAAGAAAGUAGCUGCACCAACCUCUGCGAGCUGACACCCGCACGACAAGUCUGCGGGCGGUUCGGGGCCUGGGUGGUGGGGAUGGCGAUACCCGUGACAUUUGCGGGUGUGAUGGGGUGUAUGUUGGGGGUUUGUCGGUGA